AUGCAGCUCCAGGUGGUGGAGUCGCAGAUCAUCAAGGUCAUCCAGUUUCUGGAGACGAUGAUCGUGCGUCACGGGGUCAUGCUGGUCGGCCCGACGGGAGGCGGCAAGACGACCAUUUACAAGGUGAAUUUAAGGCCGAGGUGUCAUUGGGGGCCUAUGUGGCUGAUAAACUCGUUGAAUCACUUUACUGUAGUGUCACGGUCGGCAACCUGUGGCACCGGAAUGAAUUGAACCCCCACCUGCAUUACAAUAGUUCUUUUAAUGCACAUUUCUUACGGGACGCUUUCCACCCAAUGCGGCUUUGUUUUAAGUUUAAGAUUAAGAGUUUAAAAAUCAAUAAACUAUCAUUUUUUUCUCCAUAUUUGAGGGCCCACGAUUAAUUUAUUCAUCGUUUUUGGCUCCUGUCUUGAAUUCAGAGUUUGCUUUCUCUUAGAUGAGUUGCCGUUCAAGGCUAACGAGUCCCAUCCACCCGAGGUGCUUGGGAUGUUGGUUUUGGUUGGGAUUGAACUCCAGACCACUAGCUAUUUGGAUUUAGUCAGUUUGGAUUGCUCGGCCAACCAGAACUGAUAGAAUUUGCAUGCAGUGGCGUAGCUAGGGUUAGUUACACCAGUGGAUGGCAAAUGUUUUUUGCUCUCCCCCCUCCCCAUAAAUAAACCAGGGAUUCUCAACCAGGUGUCGACGCGUGAAACCCCAUGCACAAGAAAACAUUUCAAACUGUCUUCAUUAAAUAAUAAAAAUAAAUAUUUAAAUAAAUUUUAAUGACUACCAAAGACAGUCAAUGUUGCGUAACAGUUAAUAACAUUCUAAGAACCUUUGUAUUGAGUGAUUACUAUUUUUUCCCCAACAGAUUCUAGAGCGGACACUCACCAAUCUGUACAACAUGCAGGUUGAAAACGAUUUUUAUCAACCGGUCCACGUGUACGUGCUGAACCCUAAAUCCAUCACCAUGGACGAACUGUACGGAGGGGUGGAUAAGUUAUCCAUGGAGUGGAAGGACGGACUGAUGGGCCUCACAGUCAGG